AUGGUUUACUAUGAUUUAAAUAUUGAUUCUAGUUUACCAGAACCUAAAAUAAAAUCAAUGCUUUCACUUCAUACUAAAUAUGGAUAUGAUUCAGUAGCAAUAACACAUACAGUUGAAGGUAAAAUUGGAUAUAAGGAUGUAUGUAAAAUUAAAAAAAUUCAAAUUGAAGAUGAUAGUGAAAAGAGUACAAGUAGUGGUUGGAUGAAAAUGGGUGAUUCAAAUAAAACGAUUAAACAAUAUACAAGAUUACAAGUAAUUUGUAAAACAAUGGCAGAAUUUCAAAUGAUAACAGCAAAUAAUCCAGUUGUACAAUCAUAUGAUAUCAUUAGUGUUGUACCUUAUGAUGUUUCAGUUUUUAAUGCAGCUUGUAAUUCAAAUGAAAUCGAUAUCAUUACAAUUGACACUUUUUCAAAGUUUAUCAUUAAACCUGAAAGAGUUAGACAAUGUAUAGCAAAAGGAAUUUUCAUUGAAAUCUUAUAUGGUAAUUUAUUUGGUAUUGAUGCUGAUAGAAUAGCUUUCUUUCAAAUUGCUUCUUCAUUAGUCAGAUCUUCUUUUGGUAAAAAUAUAAUUUUAUCAUCAAGUGGUAAAUCUUCAACAACUCUAAGAUCACCAUAUGAUUUAUCAAAUUUAGGACAUUUAUUUGGAUUAACAUUUGAUCAAGCAAAAGCAGCAGUUAGUAAACAUCCACAUACAGCAGUAUUACAUGCAAUUACUAGAAGGACUAAAGGAAUUGCAACUGUAACUGAUCCAAAUUUAUUGAAAGAUUUAGAGUUAUGGAAAUUGGAAAGAAAAGAGGACACACAACCAACAAAUAAUAAUAUACCACAUGAAAAACAUAUUAAUAAAGAAUCUACUGGAAAAGAAACAAUACCAAAACCUACCACAACAACUACAACCACUACAACCACCACAACAACUGCUAAAACAAAAACACCAACACCAACACCAACUACUGAAAAAACACCAUCCAUACCAACUCAACCACCACAAAAACCAACAGCAAAAUCAAAUAAAAAAACUACUACUAAUACAACAAGCACAGCACAAAAACAAGGAAAAAUGGAUAUAGACAUUGAUAAUAAUAAAAGAAAAAGGGAAUAA